AUGUCUUCAAUAAUAAAACUUUCAGAAUAAAGGUAAUCAUAAUAAUUGAACUAUUUAAUAAAGGAUAAAUAAUCAAAUUAUUUUAGCAAUGAAAAAAGUUUUGCUAUAAUUUUAAGUAAAUUUCUAUAUGAAUUAAAUGAAGAGGAUAAAUAGAUCGCAAUCAUAAAAUUAAAUUAAAUUUUUCCUGAAUUAACACUUUAAUUAAAAAUGAGUGAUCUAUAGGUCAAUCCAAAUAUAAAUACCAAUCAAUAAAAAUCUAAAAAAUCUCUAAUUUAAUAAGAUUUCAGUAUUCAAGAUUAAUAAAACUUGAGAAUGCUAUGGGAUCUUAAAUAUUAAGAAGAUUUAGAAAAUGCUAGAAAUAACAAAGAUUGGGUAAAAUUAAAGUAGUUGAUUUAAUACAACUAAUUCUUUUCUGAUGGCAAAUAUCCACAGAGUUUUUUAAAGCUAGUACCUCUAGUUGAAAAGCUCAAAAAAAAAUCUUUCAUAUUAAUUGAUUUAGCAGAUUCUGUCGUGGACAGCUAAUUUUAAUUAAAUUUAUCAACAUUUAAAAAUUUGCUUUUCUAUUUCUUUUUACCCCAUGAUUUAAACUUGACAUAAGAGGAGACUUAAGAAAUUGAAUAAUUAAUAGGAGAAAUAAUAAACUAAAGUUGGCUUUAAUUCGAAUAUCAUUAAUAUUAAUUAAUGUAGAAUGAUAAUAAUUAAAGUUAAUUAGAACAUUUACAAAUUAUUCCAAAAUUUUUAUUUGAAACUCCUUAAAGAUAAAGAGAAAUAAUUGAAUGGGAAUUAAAAAAUACUUUGAAAUAAAAUGAAACAACCUUUCUAUUUGUAGAUUUAGAAUAUUUUAUUACAUAAUAAAUGCCUAUUUAAUUUGAACUAUAAAAACAGUUUUAUCAAAUUUGUUUUUAUUUCUUGUCUGUUUUUCAUUAGGAAUAUAAAAAAAACAAAAGACUUUAUGAAAAUGAAAAGAAUAAACUUUUGAAUAUCUAUAUUGAAGAAAAAACCAAAUAGAACUCUUAAACAUAAGACUUUUCUGAUGGCUAAUUUUAUGAUAAUUAAUUGGAGAAAUAUUUUGCAAAUUAUUAAGUUUAACAGACAUUAAACAAAUAUUCUGGCAAAGGUAUAAAUUUUAAAUCUAAUGAGUAACUAUUACAAUAUUUCAUAGACACAAAUUUUUAUUAUUUCAAUAAACAAAUUCACAUUGUGGAUAUUAGUUAAUAAAAUAAACCUUAUGCAAAAAUCUUAAAUCUUCUAACAGAAAUAAAUGAUGAAAAUAAGAGAAAAAUAGCUACAUUUAUAAAAACCAAAAUUUAAGUACCUUAAAGUAUCAUUGAGGUUACAGAUGGUUUAUCUGAUCUAAAAUAUUAAUAUGAUGAAGAAUAAUUAGAAAUUAUUUUCAGAAUUAUAUGUGAAAUGAUGAACAUAGAUUUUAAUUAAUUUUGGAUAUAUAGAAUUGCCUUAAAAAGGAAUUUUAAAAUAAAGUAUUUUCCUUAUUUAGAUAAAUUUUCAAAAAUUCAAGAGGAGACAAAUAUUUUAGAAAUGAUUACUUUGAUUCAAUUAUUUGAUAAGGAUUUUUGGGAUAUUGUAAAAUAAGACUUACAAAAAUAAUAUUACAUGAUUGUUAAUUCUCUAAUUGGAUAUAUAUAAUAUCAAUAAGAACUAAAAGACGUGAUUAUGAUUUUAAGAAAUAUAAUAAACCAAAAUUGCAAGUUUGAAAAUUCAGAUACAAUUACUUAUUUGUUUUAUCAUUUAUUAGAACAUUUAGAGGAUGAAGAAAUAAUUCAAUUAUUUAUGGAUAAUCGAUUAUAGAAUAUCUCAUUAUAAGCUUAUCUUAUAUCUGUUGGUAUAUUAUUUAAGUUGUUUUAUUCUCUUUCAAAUAAUAAUGAUAAAUAAAAAAUUAAAACAAAUCUUGAAUAAAAAUUUCCAAUUUUUAAUUCCUAUAAUCUGAAAUUUUUAAUUGAAUUGGUAAAUAAACAUAUAAGCAAAGAUAUUUUAAAUAAAAUCUAUAUAUUAGUUUACUAUUGGAUUUAAAAAAAUAACAAUCAACUAAAAUAGGAAGCAUAAUCCUUUUAUAAAAAUGAUCCCAAAUUAUAUUAGAUCUUCUCCAAAUUAAACUAUUUUGAGUGUGAACAAUUAUCCUAUGAUUAUUUCCUGAAUUUAGAAAAAUAGCCAUAAUUAACCAUCUAUCCGAGAGGUCUUCAUUUAAAUUUAGAGGAAUUUAAUAAAAUUUUAAAUGUAGCAAAUCCACAAGACCAAUUACAAUUAAUAUAAAAACAGGCUGAUGAUUUUAUAAACAGUGAAAAAAGUUUCAAAGAUGUUUUACUGUUAGGCCUUAAUUGGAUUAAAAGAGAGGGGUCUGUGUCUGGAUUUUUGGAAAUGAUAAAUAAGCAAAUAAAUGAUUUAGAAAUUUAUAACUCAAGUGAGGUUUUUAAUUAAAAAUCAUUUCUCUAAUUAAUUUAUGAUAAUUGCAACAAUGAUUCAUAAUAUUUAAUUCAAAAAAAAAUAAGUGAAAAGCAACCUAUACCUUUACUUUAUAAAAUUCCUUAUGAAGAAAAAACAGGAGACUUAGAAAAAUAUAAAUUUAAUUAAAAUACAUAUUUUAUCCACCAAAAAAGUUUUACCAUUAUAAAUUUAAGUAUUUAAUAAGAUUAAAGAAGAGUAGGCAAAACUUAAUUAAUAAAUAAAAUAUUUUAUUAAGAAGAUAAAUUUGAAAUUUUAGACAAUAAUAAACUAAAUGAUAAUUCUAUAGAUAUUAUGUACGAUUAUUAAUUUCAAGGAACACGAAAUUUAUCAAUAGCAGAUGCUCAUAAGUUUAUUCCACUAUAGAUAUUAGAUCAAAUAUUACCUUUAUUUAAAUUAUGGAUUAUUUAAUUAGAUACAGAAAAAGAAAUAGAGAGUACAAUAUAAGUUUUGUAAUAAUUGAAAUCAUUUUAAUUAGAAGACAAAACUGUAUGUUUUCUAAUAAGAGAUUCAUCAUUUUAAUUAGAAUAAGCUUAAAUACUGAAAUUAAAAGAACUAAAUAUUGAAUAUAUAUAAGUAGCUAAUUUAACUGAUGUCAAUUUAAAUAAAUAUAUAAUAGAAAAUGAAAUUUAGUAAGUGGGCAAAUUUUUAUACGUUUUGAUAGAAAGAAACAAAAAUAAUAAUUUGGUUGAUGCUGAUGAAUAUUAAAAUUUAGUGUCUUAAAUAAAUAUUUAAGAUUAAGAAUAAUCUUAAUAAAUUGGAUAGGCUUCAGAAAUCUUGUUUUAAUUUGAGUAUGAGUUAGAUAAAUUAAAUCAAUAAUUAGACCAAUCUCGGGUCAUAGAUUCUUUUUAUAGUUUAAUAUAGCAUCCAAAUUUUUAUAUUUUGUAUCAUAAAGUAGUAGAUAUACUGUAAAAAUUUAAUUAAGAUAAUUUUUAAAAGAUAUAUUUUUCAAUUUGGUAAUUAUUGAAAUAGGUUAAAAACACGUAUGAAUAUUUAUCUGAUGAUAUAAACUAAAAAAUUGAGGAGCUAAUUUUUUUAGGUGAACCUUAUGAAUUUUAAGAUACCGAAUCAUUUCGAGUUUAAUUAGAUUUUUUAGAUGAUAUACUGACAAAAGCCAAAUAAAAAUCAUAAGGAAAAACAUUAUUUUUAAGUAUUGUAGGGUAGUCAGGGUCAGGGAACUCUAAAAUUUUAAAUAAGAUUUUUGGAUGUAAGGUUUAAAGACGAACUUAUGCAGAUAAAUUUAGCUUUCAAUUAUUAUAAAUUUAGAAUAAAAACCUCCUUGAAGACUAUAAAUAUGUAAUCUUAUUAGAUUCUUUAGUAUUACACGAUCAAAAUUAAGAUCAUUCUAGAAUUAAUAAUAAAAUAGGCCUAUUCAUUUAAUCUAUUAGUGAUAUUAUAAUUAUAAAUGCUGAAGGAGAUAUCAAAACAGAAUUUAAAAAAUUCAUAGAAAAAAAUUUAUAUUAUAUGGCAUAAUUAGGAAAUUAUCCCAAAAAGUUAAUUUGGUGGUAUAAUAAUUAUAAAACUUUCUAGUAAAAUCUAUUUUAAAGUAUUAAGGAUAAUUUGUAAUUAGAAUUUAGUUAUAAAUAUAAUUAUAAAAAAGCUUAAUAUUAUGAUUAAAUUCUGGAUAUUGAUAACAAAAAUAGAAAUAUGUUCGAUACUAUAAUAAUUUAGAAUGAGGAGCGACUUAAAUCAAAUGAUGACUUUUUUUAUAUGGAUAGUAAAGAUAGGGUUAAGGAUGUUUAUGACUGUAUAAGUAAUAGUGAAAAUAAUUUAAUUUAAAUAAAUUUAGAGCAUCUUUGGUCCUAAAUCUAAAAUAUGAAUGAUAUAUUUGAAUUUAAAAAAUUAAAACACAUAAUAUAACAUGAUUAUGUAAAGGAUUAAAUUAGUGAAAAGUUAAAUGAAAUGAAAUUUCCAGAAUAAAAUGAAUUGAUUUAAUAAAUAGAUGAUGGCUUAAUUUAAGACAAACAAAAAAUUGUAGAUUAAAUGCAAUAGUAAAUAAAUUAACAAUAUGAAAAAAUUAAUUAAACUAUAAACAGCAUUGAAACAAUAUAAUUUUAAAAACCAAUAUCACCGAAAGUAUUAUAGAAAAGCAAGGAAAACGUAAUUGAAAUGAUUGAAAAUGUUGAAAAACAAUAUAAAGAGACACUUUAAAUAAUUGAUAAUAUCUUAGAAAAGGAUGACCAUGAUCAAGAAGAAAAGGAGCUUUAAUAAGAUGAAAUUAUGAGGGAAAAAACUACAGAAAUAUUGAUGAACAAUGUCUUUCCAGAUAAAUCUGUUUUUCUUAAAAAUAUCCAAGAAUAUAUUGAAUAAAAUAUUGAGGAAAUUACCUCUGAUAUAUUAUAAAGAAUUAAAGAAGAAUAAAUCUAGUAAGCAAAUUUUCAAUUUGAAUAAGCGAUGAAUUACUAUUUUGAUCAAUUAUCAACCUUUUCACAUGAAAAUAAAAUAAAAAGUUAAAUUGAAAAAAAAUAUUAAGCAAAAAUUUAAGAUUUAAAAAAAAGUGAGCAAUCAGCAUGCAACCUUGCUAUUUAUUUAGAAAUUCAAAAAUAUUAAGAGAAUAUUUAUAAAUCUUAAUUUAACAAUGUCAUUCAGCAAAAUAUAAAAGAAUUAUUAUAAGAUCCUAAUAAAUUAAAAGAAUUAAGAGAAAAACCUGCAAAUAUUGAAGUUUUAUUUAGAUAAAUUAUAAAUAUUUAAAAAUAAAUUAAAAAAGAAUAAGAUGAUGCUUAGUUUAAUGAUUAUUGCCACAUGCUAUUAGAGAAUAUUCAAUCUUAGUUUAAAGAUUAUUCAUUAUAAAUCAAUGGAUUUUAUAAAUAAGUCUUUCUUUACAACAUCAUUGAAAACUAACCAAAUGAAUAGGAUUUUAAUUAUUAAUACUAAAUACUUUAACCAGAAUUAUUGAAAACCUAAUUCAAAGUCCUUAAAAAAACUGAUAAAAAAUAAUUUUAAGAGAAUUUCAACUUAAAUAUUGAAAACAAACUAGAGAUGUGUUUUAAUAAGCCCCUUUUACAGUUGAAAAAAUUUUAUGAAAGAAAAAUUAACAUUAAAUAAAUUCAUAAAUCUAUUAUAGAAUUCUACAUGAAUUCAGGAGGCAUGCUAAAAGAUUUCAAAAGAGAAAUUAUAAAUAAUGAUAAAUAGUAGAUUCAAUAAUUCUUGGUAAAAUUUACAAUCUUUGAUUAUGAGAUAGAUAAUGAGAAAGUUGAUUAAUUAUGUUAAGCAAUUUAGAAUGAUAUAACAGAUUAAGAAAAACAAGAAUUCUUGUUUGAAUGUUUUAAGCCUAUUCAGAAAUAAGGAAAUUAAAUCAUUUUAAAUGAAGAUUCUAUUAGUAAAAUGUCUUAACAUUACUAAUAAUUAACUUAAUGUUUGAAACAAUUUGAAGUUAUUGAAGUUAAUGAUUAUUCUGAAAUAGAUCAUGAAAAAUAAAAAGAUUAUUAUUUGAUUGAAUCAAAACCAACAAUAUAUGUUUAAGAAUAAUUUAAAUACUUACAUUAAAUAGACAUUUUCAUUUAUAUUAUGAAUCAAUAAAAAGAUUUAGAAACAAAAUUUAAUUCUUAAAUUAUUGAUAUAAUAUAAGAAUUAAUGAAUGAUAAUUAACAAGAUAGUUGGAAGAUUAUGUAUGAACAGAUUCAUUCAAUAGUAUAUGAUGAUAUGUUAGUUAAUAAUACUGUUACAGCAUCAUAAAAUAAUUUUGGAGGUCUAAUUAUAAGAUUGAUACAAAAACUUGAAAUUUAAAUUAAAGAAUUCAAUAAAUAAUUUUCUUUAUUUGGUGUUUUAUUAAGCGAAAUUGGAGAAAAAUGCAUUUUUAAUUAUGCAAUCUUUAAGAUUUGGAGAAUAUUAUGCUUUAAAUAUUGGGAAUAAAAGAAGAAAAAUGAUGAAAAAGAAUUUAAAAAUCUAGAAUAACAUCUAUUUAUCAAAUUCAAAGCAGACUUGCUUUAAAAUAAGUAAGAGCAAAGUCAAAUUAGAGGUAAAUAAUAAGCAACUGAGAUACUUAAAAUAUUAUACUAAAAAUUAUAUUAAAGUUAUGCAAAAGAAGUAAAAGGAGAAAUUGCUUAUUAUGAUAAAGAAACAAGUUACGAUUUAAUAAAAAGGCUUGAUACAGAAAUUCUUCAGAAGUAGAAUAAUAGUAUAACAAAUAAUGAGAUGUUAGAAUACAUUAGAAAUCAUGCUGCUUAUAUUAAGAUUUAUGUAAGAUAAAAUCUAGUUUAAAUUAAAUCUGAAAUUUAAUAAAAAUUUACUAAGAAAUUAAAGGGUGAAAUGAAAUUCUAUUUAGAACAGAUUUUAAAAAAUACAAAAAAAUUAAAUGAUUUUCAACAAAAUUUGGUUGCCAAUGAUUAUUUUGUAUAACAAAUAAAUCCAGAUGAAGCUCCCAACUUAUUAUAUAAAAUAGUUAUGGAUUGUAUUUAAGGAGCUUUAGAUAAAAAUUUAGUAAAUUUAAUUAAACCUAACAUGAUACAAGGAUUUUAGAUUUAAGGUUGCCAUAAAUUUACUUUCAUUUUAAAAAAUUCUCUAUAAAAUAAAUUAGAUGAAGAAAUUUAAAUCUUAUAUGAUUUUAUGCAAUCUUUUAAUUAGAAAAUCUAAGAUGAGAUGAAAGGAUUGGAUUAAUUAGAUAUUGAUUUUGAUAAAUUAGAUAUUCAAUCUUAUUUAGAUGCCUUGUAAGUAAAAUAGAUUGGGUGUGAAGAAUCCUGCCCUUUUUGUAAAAGAAAGUGCGACUUAUAGUUUGAUAGCAAUCACAAACAUUAAUGUAGAAAUGGACAUUAACUGAGAGGUAAUAUACAAUAAUAUUAAUUUUAGGAAUGAGUGGAGUAUUGGUAGGUUGCAAUCCUUCAUUAUUUACUUGUGAAGAAAUUUAAGAUUAUUGUACAGUGUAGAUUAUGGAAACUAAAUCUAUAAAAUAUUGGGGAGAUAUCAAAGAUAUUUAUAAUGAUUGGUUAUUCUCUUACAUAGAUGUUACAGAAAAAAGAGUAUUUUUGAAGUAAAAGUUUACUAAUAUUUGGAAUUUAAAUGUUGGACAAGUUAUAUGUAAAUCAUUAACACAAGAGAUUGGAAAGGAAAUUCAAUUUAUUACACAAGAAAUCUUUGAUAAAGAAUAAACUCAAAGAGCUCCGAAACCAAUACAUUAUGUUAUUAUGUUUGAUGACUCUGGUUCCAUGAGCGGGAGUAGUUUUGAUAAUGGAAAAUAAGGUGUAAUAGAUUUUCUUUCAGUUCUUCAAAAAUACAGAAAUAAAGAUUCCAGAGUCACAAUUAUAAUGUUCAACAGCGAAGCAAGAGUUGUAGUUGAUUUUGAAGUUAUUAAUCCAAAAAAGCAAGAAUCAAAAAUAAUAUAUGAGGGUGGUGGAACAGAUUUUGAUGAACCAUUCAAUAUUGCGUAUGAAAAAAUUAUCUAAAGACCUAAUUUUGAUAAUUUCCAUAGGUAAUUUAUUUAUAUGUAACUCUAGGCAUUCUAUGUUCUUUUAUACAGAUGGAGGAGCAGGUUAUCCUUAAACUGCAUUAAAUAGAUUUGAAUCAUUAAGUCCAAAACAAAAACAAAAAAUAGAACUUAAUGCAUGCUGUUUGGACGAAUGUCCUCCUCAAUCACUUGAACAAAUAGUUGCUUUCUUUAAAAAAGAUUUUGCAGAUGCUCAAAUCCAACCUUCUAUCUAACCAGAAGAAAUAGGGUCGACAUGGAUAGAAAUUAUAAGUUAAAAAACUCAUCAAAUUUCAAAAUUGGGAUGA